CUCACAGCAUUUUCUCAUCCCUAAAUUAGAGAGAGAGAUGGCAGGGCAACAUUUCGCAGGAAUUGCUCUUGUUCUCGGCAUAGCUGCCGGUAUCCUGAUGCUCUUGUGGAAUAUACACUUUCGUGGAGGCCUCAAUUUGGACUCUGAAAAUGCGCUCCACAUUUUCAACGUCCAUCCCGUUUUGAUGUUUCUUGGGCUAAUUUUUUGUGGAGGAGAAGCAAUCGUCGCUUAUAGGGUGGUCCGAGCAACGAAGAGAGCCCAGAAGGCUAUACACAUGCUUUUGCAUUUAGUGGGUCUCGUCUUGGGAGUGGUUGGCGUGUAUGCUGCGUUCAAGUACCACAGGAAGUUGGGUGAACCGGACAUGUAUUCCUUGCACUCUUGGUUGGGCAUGGGCACCAUUUGUUUGUAUGGCUUGCAGUGGAUUUUCGGAUUCGUGACUUUCUGGAUCCAGGGUGCAAGAACAAUCACUAAAGAGAGAUUCCUUCCAUGGCAUGUCGCUGCUGGACUCACCUUAUUCAUAAUGGCAAUUGGCACAGCUGAGAUAGGAUUGAUGGAGAAGUACACCUUUCUCAAGUCCUAUGGUGUUAUAAGCCAUUUUGGAAGGGAAGCCCUGCUCAUCAACUUCCUAAGCCUCAUAAUCCUCCUUUUUGGGAUUUGUACUGUGUAUACUGUAAUUUUCCAACCACAUGCUCCUACAAUAUUGUAGGCUUUGCCCACUCAUCUCAACCCCACUUUCAUCAGCUUUCUGUGGGGACCUUUUUAUGAAAUUACAUUGGAUUGUGUGUAUGUAUACAGUAUAGUGUGGUUUUCACUUUGCUCCAGGAGAAAAAUUG